UAUGUCAAACAGCCCUGCGGAGUGCGUAAGGCGUGGUCAAUAAAUCUUUUACCCAGAAUACUGCAGACAAUUGGUUCCAAAGUUCAAGGGUAAAAUAUCCAGGAGCAGAGCGCGCAGGGCAGAAAAGAAGAAGAGGACGAGCGCAGGAGAAGUGUCAAGGUGACUCAUUUGGGGGAAAUUAUAAAGAAGUCGCUCACUGGUGUGCACAGGAAUAAACACAAUCAAGACCAAAUAUGGCUGAGAACACAAAUCCAAAAAGAAGCUCCGGUGACUUUACUAAGAAAUUACAGCGGCGACUGAGCAGAGGCAAAGAAAAGGUGCUGCAGAGGCUGGGAAAAUCGGUAGAAACCAGAGACGACUACUUUGAACAGUCCGUCCAACAUUUCAUGGACCAGCAGACUGAUGGGAACCGCAUAUACAAGGACCUGAGGCACUACAUCAAUGCAGUUAGAGACAUGCGUGAAGCUUCAAGACGACUUUCCCAAUCUCUGUUUGAUGCUUACGAACAUGAAUGGGUUGCAGGGGAAGACCUGGGAGCCAUUGUAGAGGGAGAGGAUCUCCUGUGGAAUGACUACGAGGUGAAGUUAAUGGACCAGGCCGUCCGCACCAUGGAGUCCUAUGUGAGCCAAUUCCCUGAUGUGAAGGAGAAAGUGGCCAAGAGGGGGAGAAAACUGGUGGACUACGACUCCUCCCUGCACCAGCUGGAGGCGCUGCAGACGGCAAAGAAAAGAGAUGAUGUCAAAAUAAAAAAGGCAGAAGAAGACAUGAACGCUGCCAAAAGUGUCUAUGAAGGCCUCAACAACGACUUAAAGGACGAGCUGCCUCAGCUCUUUGAAAGUCGUAUUGGAUGCUACGUUUCAGUGUUCUCAUCUUUAGCAAGCUUACGAGACGUCUUCCAUAAAGAAAUGAGCAAGCUGAACCUGGAUCUUGGCAGCGUGAUAAAGGAGCUGCAGGCUCAACAUCCAGAGAAAGUGUUCGCUGUGAGGGGAAUGCAACGGUAUGGUUCCCUGAAGAGACGAUCUAUGAUGUCUCCUAAGGCCUGGAAAGCCAGCUUCUCCGAGCGCUACAGUCCUAAACCCGGACUGAGGCUCAGCUUGAAGUCUCCGGACAAACCCAGACAUAGCACUCUGUCCAGAGAGAGCAGCACCCUCACAGUCACGCCGCAGUCAUCCAUUCUGGAGAGCACCUCUGAGUUCAGUGAUCUUGAUUCCCAGUCGAUUCACAGUGAGACCCCCAGUUCUCCAUCCCAAGAGGAUUCUGCAGAGGGGGCAGCCGGGAGCAAGCUGAGGUCAGGGCAAGAGAGCAGUCAGGUGGAGGAGAAGGAUGAGAAGGAAGAAGAGUCCGAGCCUCCUGGAGAGUCUGAUAAUCAGGGAGAUGGUGCCAAAGCUCCACCAAGUGACAGCAGCUCUGAACUGAACAACUCCUGUGAUUCGGAGAGUCUGGACAUGCAGCUGUCUGCAGCCAACGUCGGCGCGCUGCACAUUGAGGAGAGAGAGGACCUGGAGAGUCUUAAAGCAAACGGACUGGAGAACGGGGAAGUGUCUGGGUUUGACUCUGACAUCAAAGACCUGAGCAGUCCACACAAGGAUGCUCCUGCAGAAAACCAAGCUACUCCAAACGUCAGAAACACUGUGGUUUAGAGCAAAAACACCGGGAGAGGCUGAGAAGAGAUGGAAGUUAACAGCUGCACAAAAGAAAAAAAUGUGGAGACAGCCGCACUGAAACUCCCAACUGUGUUGUAAUGAAAUAUGUGCUGCGCAUUGACUUGUUGGAGUUAGAUUUUCUAUUGAACUUUUAUCAAAAUCACUUGUAUGUAUACUGUCGCUCAGAGUCUGGGUUAAAUGUAUUCUGUCAUAUUUUUUUUAACAGUUGUCUUAAUUAUCUUUUAAAGUAGAUAUAGCCUUUACAAUUAUAAGUGCAGGUUGAUUUAGUCAUGAAUAUUGAUUGUUCGCUAACAUACAUGCAGAUAGGAUCACAUUGUUAGUAAGCUUUCUUACUGACGACACAUCGCUGCCUAUUUGCAGAUCUACUGUGCUGUGACGUUAGUGUCAAACUUUCCACAGACAAAAGACUACUUAAAGGCAAUUUAAAUUAUUUUUUACUUGUUUUGAAUUUAUUUCAAGCAUUUUUGCUCACAGGAUUUCAGCAUUUACACAUUUUUAAGCUUAAUUUUCAACCUUAGUUUGAAUCGGAUGUAAGAUUAUGGGCUCUUUUUAAACUGGAAAUCUGUAACUGAAAUAAACAAUCAUUGUGUGAUUCUGAACAACAAUCUUUGUAUCAUGUUCAUACUGAUAUGAUUAGUUUGAAUGAUUUGAUGAAUAGUGAUGAAUAUGCAAACACUCAAUGCUACUCCCUGAUGUAUACAAUAAAUUAUUAAAAUGCAGUUAUUUAAAUAUAA